AUGCACACUGCAAAUAUGUUCCACGUAGAGGCAACUUCAAACUUGAAAAUGUUAGUAAAUGAAAUGUCCUAUUCUCACUUUAAUGGAAAAUGUAGAAAAAUGACUUCAAUGAAAAGUGAAUUCAUCUUUGGGAAUAAUUUUGUUCUAAAUGAAAAAAUUAUUCCCAUGAGUCCUGCGAACCGUUCAAAAUUAAAAAAAAUGAUAGACCGUGAUGAGGACUUCAAAAUAAAUAUACAUGCCCCCGUGGAGGACACACAGGAAGUGUUGGAAUCUUUGGAUUCCCUGAUGCGGGUGGAAGAAAUCCAGAGAAAAGUCGACGAAGAAGAGUUCAUGGAGGACAAACAGAGGCUGUUGAAAGUUCAUAAAAAGAGAAUUCAGUAA